AUGGUACUUAUUCGAUGGAUAGUACUUCAGGUAGUGCUUUUUGUUUUAGGUAAUAGUUUUUUGGUUCCUUUCAAUGCAGUAGACCAAAGCUCUGCAAAGUCGCGGAACGCUCAUGAUGAUCAUGACGAUAGACGGAAUAAUCAUGAUGAUAGACGGAAUAAUCAUGACGAUCCUGACGACAGGUCUCGAAGACCGUGGAAUGAUCCUGACGACAGGUUGCGAAGACCAUGGAAUGAUCCUGAUGACAGGUCUCGAAGACCAUGGCAUGAUCAUGAUGAUCAUGACAAUAGGCAUUCUGACAUACACAUAAGAGACCUUACGAUGGGGCAAUUGAACUUUAUUCAUACUACUGAUACUCAUGGAUGGUUAGGUUCCCAUAGGUUGCAGAGAGACUAUGAUGCAGACUGGGGUGAUUUUAUAUCAUUCCUAGAAUUGUUCGACAGGAACAGAAUGAAUGAGUAUCAAGAUCUUCUCAUCAUUGACACGGGUGAUAAGCAUGAUGGAAAUGGGCUAAGUGAUGGUACAAGACCCCUUGGUAUGAUAAGUACACAUAUUUUCAAUCAAGUUGAUUACGAUCUCCUCACUUUAGGUAAUCAUGAAUUAUACACGCCAGAAACGGCUAUAUUCGAGUACUAUUCUACUGCCAUGUCCAAAAAAUUUAGGCAUAAAUAUAUAUCUAGUAAUGUUGAAUUCCUACAUGACAAAAAAGACUAUGUCCCAUUUGGGAAUAAAUAUGUCUACUUCGAAACUCCAAAGAACAGACUAAGAAUACUUUCAUUAUCUUUUAUUUUUAACGUUAGGAAAAAUAAUCCAAGAGUAAGAAUAACAAGACCCAUAGAUGAGCUGCAGAAAAUUUGGUUUCACGAAAUGAUUGAAUUAUAUCCAGAAGACAGAAUUGAUAUUUUAAUUGUGAUUGGUCAUCUGCCUUUGGUUGAUAGUGAAAAUAAUGACUUAAGCAUGAUUCAUUCGUAUCUCAGGAGGUUCUAUCCGAAUAUUAUAAUACAGUAUUUUGGUGGUCAUACUCAUAUAAGAGAUUUCAUUCAAUUGGAUUCCAGAUCCACUGGACUACAAAGCGGUCAAUAUGCUGAGACGUUGGGAUUUUUAUCAAUUGAUGAUGUCCAUAAUGAAUCACCAAGAUUUUCUAGAAGGUAUAUUGACUUUAAUACUAGAUCAUUUAGGCAUCAUAGUAAUACCGAACAUAGAUUAGAAUCUGAUAGAGGACACAGAGUUAAACGUAUGAUAAGGAAAUUGAGAAGGGAACUGAAUCUAGAUGUAAGAUAUGGUUACGUUCCAAGAAACUAUUAUAUGUACUCGAGACCGAUUGAUGCGGAUGAUAAUAUUUAUAAUUUGAUGAGAAGAAGAGUCCUACCAAGAUUAAGAUCAAGAAGAAUCAAGAACUCAAGAUCUUAUGAUAGAUUUAUCCUACUCAAUACAGGUGCUAUUCGUUACGAUCUUUAUAGAGGACCAUUCACAAGGGAUACCGAAUAUAUAGUAUUACCUUUCAGUAAUACAUGGAAAUAUAUCAGACUUCCUCUUUAUAUUGCACGAAGAAUUGAGGAAAUCUUAAACGGAAGACAAUCAAUAGUAUCUCUACCUCCUCCGACAAAUUUCAUCAGACAGGCAACAUCUGAAUCAUGCCCGACAAUUGUAUCGCCAAAUUAUUCUGAAGGUUAUACAACAGAGGAUGAUUAUGGUUGUGAUGGUGAUGAUACUCCUCAUAGAACAGUUUCCCGUCAUCAUAUUCCCAACGUCAUUCAAACUAUCCAAUUCACAUCAAACGAACAAUACUUGACUGAUGACGAUAUUGUUCAUUUCAUUUUUUUUAGCUACCUAGAAAGGGAUGUCUUGAGGGCCAUCAACCUUAUUAAUAAAGAACCUUCAAAAAUAUAUACUGAAUUUGACAGUCAGGACUAUGGCGGCCAAUCUGCCCAAGAACUUUUAAGGGAGUACAUCAGAGAAAUCUCAUAA